AUGGCUGCGCGGCAGGUUCAAGUGGUGCUGCCCUUCAGCGAGGACAAGGACAAGGCCCGAACGAAGAAGAUCAUCCACACCGUGCGCGGGUUGCCGUUCGUCUAUGGAUUGUCCAUCUUCGAGGGCAAGCGGGAGAAGCUGGUGGUCUUCCGAGUCACCCCCAAGGCCACGGGCAAGUGUUUCUACGCGCUCCAGUCCCUCGGCGUGGGGCAAGAUUUCGGGCAUGUGGACAUCGUGGCCUUGCACAUCACCGUUCCGCGCAUCAACGUGCGCAAGAAGCCGCUGCGCAAGCGACUACAGAUAACGGACCGGUACUCGGUGGAGGAGAUCUGUCGAAUGGUGGAGGCCCAGAAUGUGUUCACCUUCGACUACCUGGUGUUCGUGCUGUCGGCGGCUGUCAUCGCAUGCUUGGGCCUGACCACCAACUCGGGGGCCGUCGUCGUCGCGGCCAUGCUCAUCUCGCCCCUCAUGGGACCCAUCGUCGCCGUGGCGCUCGGGUUGGCCAUCCAAGAGUGGUCCAUGGUCAGGCGAGGGUUCAUCAACGAGCUGGCGGGCACCCUCCUCGUGUUCCUCACCGGCUUCUUCUGGGGCCUGGGCACCUCAGUCUUCCCCGGUUUAUGGGAAACCGACGAGCAGGAGAGCCGAGGCACCUAUUGGGCGAGCGUGGCAGGCAUAGGCAUUGCCAUACCGUCCGGUGUGGCUGUGGCCGUUGCCAUCGCAGGGGGUGGGGCCUCUUCGCCGAUCGUGGGCGUGGCCAUCAGCGCCUCGCUGCUGCCGCCCAUCGCAAACGCCGGGAUGCACUUCGCGCAGGCUCUCAUGCAACGCCUGACCGACGAAACCGCCACGGAUGACUGGGAAACGAGUUGCAGGGGCGUGAAGCGCAGGCGGGUCGACGUGUCGGCCCUGGUCAAGCAGGCCGAAGAGAAGCCGCGAACCGAAGACGACCUGAACUUGUCGACCGACAACAGGAGCACCUUCGAAGGGGGUGAUGACCGCGACUGUUUAGAGGAGGAGCAUGGUCAUCUGGCGGUGGAGGGUCCAGGCGCCACGUCCUCGGGCGACAUGGAGACCAUCACCCUCACAAUCAACCCAUUCGAUGAUGACGAUGAUGUGUACCAUAAACAGAGUUAA